AUGCCAGCGGAAACCACCAAGAGCUUCGGUGGCAGCGUUUCUGUCACCCAGGAAGAUGCUCGCAACGACUUGAAAGUGCACUGGUUCCGUAGCACUAUAUUUCAGAUUAUCGUCGUUGGCGGGGUAUUUUUCUGUGGAAUGUACAAUGCCCUGAGUUCAUUGGGAGCUGGUGGUCUCGCUACGCCGUGGUACGCCAACGCCACCGCUGCUGCUGGCUAUGUGUUCAUGGCGGUCCUCUGUAUAGUCGGUGGGAUUGUCGUUAGUAAGAUCGGCGUUCGAUGGGCUCUUCUAAUUUCUAGCACUGGUGAUAUAGUUUACGCCGGAAGUCUUUAUCUCAACUCAAAGAACGGGACGCAAUGGUUUUUGAUGUUCGGAAAGUCCGCCUUAUUGUGCAGCUGCUCCAUUCUUUCUGGAAUGACAGAUGGACUCAUGUACUCGGUGGAAGGUCCCAUUAUCACCUCCUACCCUGAGGAAGACAGGCGAGGGCGUAUGCUCGGUCUAUGGGUGUUUAUGCGCAACGCCGCGCCCGUCAUUGGUGGAGCCAUCAUCUUUGGACUGAACUCUAGUAUCGACUCGACUGGUGCCGUUUCUUUGAAAACAUACCUUGUCAUUAUUGGUAUCAUGUGCGCAGGGCCGUUCAUCGCCCUUUUGUUAUCAAAUCCCGAGCAGGUGCAACGGAAGGACGGCGUCAAGAUUGCAUUGAGGAGAACCGGGUGGAUCCAAACUUUCACAGAAUGGUUCAACGUCGUCUCCAACAGAAACAUGCUACUUUUGUGUCCGCUUUUCUUCACAUCCUGGUUUUACGGUUCAUACAUCGGCACCCUGCAAACACAGUUCUUCAAUGUCCGAACCAGAGCGCUCUGUGCCUUCGUUAUCCCUUGGGGUGAUAUUGCCGGAGGCUUCAUGAUCGGAUACUUCCUUGACAACAAACGUUUCACAGUGAAACAGCGAGCGCGGUGGAGUUUCAUCGCCUUGAUGGUCUUAAAUCUGGCUCUCUGGGUAUGGGCAGCCAUUGUUACCAAACAGUUGGAAGACCAGCAACCGGAAAUCGACUGGACUUCAGGGUCUUUCUUUGGCAGGACGUUCACCUUGUUCCUACUUUUCGACCUAGCCACUAUGGCGACCCAAACCAGUUUGUACUGGAUUAUUUCACAUAUGUCUAACGAUUUUAUAUCCCUCUCCUACAUGACGGGAACGCUUCGAGGUGUUGAAUGCGCAGGCCAAGCCGUCGCGUAUGGUAUCAAGUCUAGUAACACAACCGAUUGGCUGUCCAUUGGACUUAACGUUGGACUGAUUGUUUUUUCGUUACCAUUUGCAUGGACGGUCAUCCGUAAGAUCGGCGUUACCGAAUUUGACAUUGUUCGGAUUGCUGGAGCGGAAUCAGCAGUAGACUCAAAGAGCUUGUCUGAUGAUGAAAAAGAUAAUGUAUGA